GGGAGUGUGAGCUCUUGCUAUUCUCCAUUGAAACCAUUGUCGAGGUUCCUCCGAUGGCGAUCUCGUUGAACCAUUCCCUCUUUCUUCGAUCUCUGGAGAGAUCGAACAAUGGAGUGCUGGGGAGAUCGUCUAGAGGUUCAAAAAGUUGGGUUAGGGUUUCGAGAGUGGUUUGUGCGGAUGUGGAUUUGUCGCCGCCCAGGUAUAUUCCUGCAGCUCCAAUCCUCCUUCCUGAUGGACCGUGGAAGCAGAUACCUGGGGGUGUUACUGCUGCGAAAGGAUUUAAAGCUGCAGGAAUUUAUGGUGGACUACGCGCCGUAGGGGAGAAGCCGGAUUUAGCUCUUGUGGCUUGUGAUGUAGAUGCAGUUGCUGCAGGUACAUUUACCACCAACAUUGUAGCGGCUGCACCAGUUAUCUACUGCAAACGUUUGCUUGAAAAUUCAUCGACGGCACGUGCAGUGCUAAUUAAUGCCGGUCAAGCAAACGCUGCUACGGGUGAUGCUGGUUACCAGGACACAAUAGAUUGUGCCAACGCUUUAGCUGAGCUUCUUGAUUUAAGAUCAGAUAGAGUCUUGAUUGAAUCCACUGGUGUCAUUGGGCAACGAAUAAAGAAGGAAGCUCUUCUUAAAGCCCUUCCCAAACUCAUUGGAUCACUAUCAUCGACAGUAGAAGGAGCAGAUUCUGCAGCAAUUGCCAUCACCACCACUGAUCUUGUGAGCAAGAGUAUAGCCAUUGAAGCCGAGGUUGGAGGAGCAACCAUCCGGGUUGGAGGAAUGGCGAAAGGUUCGGGAAUGAUACACCCAAACAUGGCAACAAUGCUUGGAGUGAUAACCACUGAUGCUCUGGUUGCAAGCGAAGUGUGGAGAGAAAUGGUGCGAAUAUCUGUAAACCGAAGUUUCAAUCAAAUCACAGUAGAUGGAGAUACAAGCACCAAUGAUACCAUUAUUGCUUUAGCAAGUGGAGUAUCUGGAUCAAAGAAGAUUUCUUCCCUCAGUAAUCAUGAGUCUCAUCAACUUCAAGCCUGCCUUGAUGCUGUAAUGCAAGGCCUUGCAAAAUCAGUAGCAUGGGAUGGUGAAGGAGCAACAUGCUUGAUUGAGGUUAGUGUAACUGGUGCAAAUGAUGAAACAAAAGCAGCAAAAAUUGCACGUUCAGUGGCAUCUUCUUCACUUGUUAAGGCUGCCGUAUAUGGCAGAGAUCCAAAUUGGGGAAGGAUCGCAUGUGCUGCUGGUUAUGCAGGUGUUGAGUUCAACCCCAAUGAGCUUCAGAUAUUGCUCGGAAAUAUUCAACUUAUGAACAAAGGCCAGCCACUUCCUUUUGACAGGACUGCCGCCAGUGAGUAUCUCCGGCAAGCCGGACAGACACAUGGCACUGUUGAAAUCCAUAUAUCCAUUGGUGAAGGUGAGGGAAGCAGCAAGGCAUGGGGCUGUGAUUUAAGUUAUGAUUAUGUAAAAAUAAACGCAGAAUACACAACGUAGGUGGAGAUUAAAUAAACAUUCACCUUAGUUGGAAAGAACCAUCCCUGAACAAUAUUUCCUUUUUAGUUAUGUAAAAUAAUUUAUUUUUAAUAAAUCAUCAUUGAACUUCUCAUUUA